AUGCGCUACUUCACUCUCCUCGCCUUCGCUGCGGCGGUCGUCACUGCCCAAUCGGCGGAUCAGACAUACGACAGUUCUCUGAACAUGACCAUCGACCCUAACAGCGUCGACCCUAGCACCAAGGCUACCUGGUGCCGCGCCCAGCAAGACACCUGCGACACCCUGUGCGACGAUGACGCCAGCACAAAUGACUGCGACUACACCACCAUUGAGUACGAGUGCAAGUGCGCCUCCAACAGCUCGGCGCCCGGUCUGCAGUGGUACACGCAGACCAUGCCUACCUUCAUCUGCGAGACUCUGACCGACCGCUGCAUCAGCGAAAACACGCGCAAUCAGACGGCCCAGUCUGCUUGCCGUAGCAACAUUGAGGCCGAGUGUGGCACCUUGGAUCCCAACAAGGCCGAUGUCGGUGGCGCCAGCACCACGAGCGAGGAAGCCAGCAGUACCACCACGACUCCUGCCUCGUCCACCGGUAGCGACGAGAAACAGCAGACCGCUUCCACCACCGCCACCACCGACGAGGGUGACUUUGCUGCCGCCACUGCUGCUCCCGUUCUCGCGGCCCUCGGCAUUGUCGCUGCUCUGUUCUGA